AAGUUUGAACACACGCUCACAGCCAAACAAAUAUCCCGAUUUUAUGGCUAUUGAGUUAGCUGUAAAACGGCAACCUUAGUUGUCUUUAACAACCGUUCAUCAGCAGGCUGGCAGAGUUUAAAUAAACCGAUAUUGUGCCCGAUAUUGCUAGAUAUAUCUGUGUCAUUGAACGUGCACCGAGAGGCCUUUCCUGUAUCCCUCGAUUUCUCUCCCUUGAGUCUAGUGUACAAGAGCUCUUAUGGCAUGGUCAAGCAAUGCAAAGGAGGCUUAGAAGACGACUGUAAUUGAACCGUCAUAUGCUUUGCCUUACGUAUAAACAUACAACUAUCUAGAAGCGGAACUCACUGCGCAGUUUCAAAACUGAAAGAGAAGAGACAGACCACCUUCCUGUAUCUUCGUAUCUUGUCGUAAAGUUGGACAAGUUUUCAUUCCUACAUUUACUCGAAUCGCACAUGAGGGAUCGUGUUUUUAGCCUUCAUGACAACAGAGAAAUCUCAUUGGGCCUGGAUUCGGUCAGCAUGGCAGUUUCAACAAGGACUAAAGCAGGGCCAGAAAAAAUUGCAGAACACUCAUGAUUGUUUAAAGGGCGAUUCGAACACAAUACAGCGACAAGCAAGGUAUUCAUUAACAGACGGCCUAGUGAACUCUUCAUUCAUUACGCUCACGCCUUUUGAUGACAUAGCGGACCUGGCCCACCACAGCACCAUUUUUAACAUUGCGGCCAAAGGUGACAUCCAAGAAUUCGAGCGUCUCUAUGAGUUGGAUCAUUCUCGCCUACAUGUACAGGACCUUAAAGGCUUUGGAGUUCUCCAUCACGCAGCCGCAAAAGGCAAGAUGGUCGUCAUGGACUUUGUCCUCAGCCACGGUGGAGACAUUAACAUACAAGACUGCAGGGGAAACACGCCCUUGCACACGGCAGUAGAGAACAAGCAGAUGGCCAGCAUUGACUACCUGGUGACGAACGGAGCCGAAACCGCUGCUCGCAAUGACAAAUACUUAACACCGCUGAUACUGGCCAUAGACUUGGGUUACGUGGAUGUUGUGGAGGCUUUGUUGAAACACAAGGAAGUCAACCCAGAAGACAGAGGUGAAAAUGGUUCAACCCCGCUACACUACGCUGCCAACAAAGAUGAACCGGAGUGUGCGAGGCUCCUGCUCGCCAAUGGCGCCAAACCUUGCACCAAGUGUAACAAUGGCUUCUACCCUAUCCAUGUAGCUGCUUACCACGCCUCUGCAAAAACCAUGGACGUUCUGCUUGAGAAUGGAGAGGCGAUGGGAUACACAAGAACACAAAUGCUGAGUUUCUCGGACAAAGAAAGCAACAAUCCUCUGCAUGCUGCGGUUAACAGUGGUGAUCUGAAGGCUGUUCGUGUCUGUCGCGCAGGAGCGUCCGUUGAUGCUCAACAAGCGGACAAGUCUACACCGAUACACUACGCUGCGUCUCAGGGGGCCCUCGAAAUGAUUGAGCUGAUGUUUGAGAUGGGACGCCAGCGGCAUGCGAAGGCGGUGAACAUCAAAGACAGCCUAGGGAUGACGCCAUUACACAGAGCCGCCAUCUUUAAUCACGAGCCCGUCGUACGCUGCCUUCUCCAGAAUGGCGCGGACAUCAAUGUGGCUGACAAUCAAAGCCGGACACCACUGAUGGUAGCGGCUAAAGGCGCCUGGAAUACGGUCAGCUAUCUCCUGAAGGCUGGCGCUCUCAUCAACCUGAAGGACCAGCAGAAUAGGAACUUCCUCCACCUCGCCAUCAAAAGUGGCGCCAGACUUCAUCAUCUGGGAUGUGAAGUCGUUAAGAAUGUGAAGAACCUGUUGAACGAGAAGGACGAUUUGGGCUGUACACCGCUCCAUUACGCGUCUAAGGAAGGUUAUCUUUCCGCUAUUGAUGAUCUCAUCGGUCUUGGUGCCAUGCUGAACCCGAAAAACAACCAGAAACAAUCGCCAUUUCAUUUUGCAGCCAGAUACGGGCGAUACAACACGUGUAGGCGUCUCCUGGAUAGCGAACAAGGCGCCAAUAUCAUUAAUGAGUUAGACAGCGACGGUCGAUCUGCCCUCCACAUAGCCUCACAACAUGGGCACAUCAAAGUCGUUUCCCUUUUGAUGCAGCGGGGCGCUGCUGUCCACAAAGAUUUUAACGGCAAUUGUCCCUUACAUCUGGCUGCUACCAAUGGUUACACCCAGACAAUGCGCCUACUGCUCAGCGUUCACUCUAAUCUUCUAGACUCCAAGAACAGAGAAGGCGAUACCUCGCUCCACCUAGCGGCAAAAGAAAAUCAAACAGCGGCGAUAACUCUGCUGUUGACGCUGGGGGCGAAACUGGAACGGAACCACGAAAAAGUGACAUUCUUUGAUCACAUCCUCAACAGUCGGAACAGUGAUGCUGCCAUGGCGGUUGUGACUCAUGACAGGUGGCGGGAAAUUAUGGAGUUGUGUUCCACCACUUACAGAUGCCCAAUCAUCGGCCUCAUUCAGCAGCUACCGGAAAUAGCCCUUGUUGUCCUCGAUAGAUGCCAAACUUUUUCUGAACAUGACAGAAAUCACAAAAACUUCUCGGUAACCUACAACUUCAAGUAUCUCCAGUGCCCAAUAGCUUAUAUCAGAGAACAAAAGAAGCUGGGAAACGACGUAUCGCCUAUGUCGUCAGUCAAUGCUAUGGUGAAGUUUGGCCGCGUGGACUGUCUCGCUCAUCCAGUCUGUGUUAAUUUUCUGAAGAUGAAAUGGAAUGCCUACGGUAUGUGGUUUCAUUUUUUCAACCUGGCCAUAUACUUGAUUUUUCUGGGCCUUUUGACGAGGUUCGUGACAGUCCACACUCCCAGGACUGACCUAUCAUUCGCCGGAAAUAGAUCAAACUUGACAGAGCCCAACCGGAUGUACACACAGCCCAUCACAGCUGCCUCCAUUGUAUCUCUGUACAUUAUUGUCAUCUUCUCAAUCAUCAACAUGAUUAAAGAAAUCGCCCAAAUGAUACACCAGAAAAAGCGUUACUUUCUGGACCAGAGUAACUUGAUGGAGUGGGGCUUGUAUGUAACGACCACGGUGUUCACUGCCCCAUUCCUCACCGGGUGUUCCACGCAUGCGCAAUGGGAAGCCGGCUCCAUUGCCAUUUUCCUAGCCUGGUUUAACUUAUUGCUAUACCUGCAAAGAUUUGACUUCUUCGGCAUUUACGUGGUGAUGUUCCUAGAGAUAAUGAAGACUCUGCUACAGGUGUUAUGUGUCUUCUCUAUACUAAUCGUAGCCUUUGGACUUUCCUUCUUCAUGCUCAUGGGAAACGAGCACUCUCGCGCCUACUCCACGCCUGGGCUUUCCUUGCUCAGAACGGCCAUUAUGAUGUUAGAGCUGGACUACAUGGAUUCCUUCAACAGUCCUUACGUCGACCAAGAUCCUUCAACCCUUUAUUUCAACAAUUUAACUCUGGUCAUGCUGGUUCUCUUCGUCUUACUCAUGCCCAUACUGCUAAUGAAUUUACUGAUUGGCUUGGCUGUAGGUGAUAUCGAGGCUGUGCAGAGAGACGCUCGCCUCAAAAGACUGGCUAUGCAGGUGGAACAUCACACUGACUUGGAACGUAAAAUGCCUCAGAAAAUCCUUGAGAAAGUGGACAAAGUGGAGUACACUGUUCAUCCCAACUGCGGCCAGCAAAUGAUGAUAGGUUUACUGUUGAGGGUCACUUCCGUGUCUGACGAGCAUCCAAUGGACGAUAACAGUUCCUGCAGGGGAGGGUCGUUUGUCAGUAACUCUCGUCUGUACGAGGAAAUGUACAAACAGAAACAAAGGAUGAAGGAUAUGUCGAGUAUGAUGAGUAAGCAGAGCGACCUGCUCAGAAUGAUCGUUCAGAAAAUGGACAUCAAUAUGGAGGACGAUUUCCGCGACGAGGGAUCUUCUACUUCAGAUAGUUUGGAGAGCCUCAAAUCUAGCGUCGGUUUCGCCAAAAAUCCCUCCUGGACCAAACCUGCCAAUGUCUUUAAGCAGUCAGCGGUCAUCUCAAAAUGGAAGAAAGAUAUGAAUAAACACCCUAAAUCUUAAGGAUGACGUAGGUUGUUAAAUACUGGACACAAUUCUUACCAGAAAGGGUCACUUCAAAACGAAUUUGUGUGAUUUGUGACAGCAGGCGCAUAGCUCACCUGAUUAAGAGAAGUCAUAUGAAUUGUUAGUCAUUGUAACAUCGUGACCUCUACUCGUUAACUUGGAAGUCUUUCCUUCAUUUUAUAUUUGAAGUUAACCCCAUUUUUACAGCAAGAUGCAGGGUAGUCUUCAAUGUGCAUGGGCAGAUACUGAAUGGUGUAAAAGCAAAGUCUUUUGAAACUUAGAUCGGACGUUGGCCAAAGAGUUCGCAAGUUCCAACCAAGGUUCAGACACUUGAUUUGUUCAAGACUUCAAAGGUAUUUAGCGACCGGCUGUGGUUUCUACCGAUUCCCCUUUGUGUUGAGAUAAAUUGUUCUUAAAGGAAAAGACCUCUAAAAUCGAAGUAGGUAUCACUAAAUAGACCACUUAAAGCUAUGCACAAAUAUACUUUCAUUUAUUUUUUUAGGUUUUUGUGAAGAUACUGAAAGGCGUUCAAACAUUUGAAUUCUAAGGUGGGCUUUAGGGACUCUGACGUGACAUGAAGUUUUUUCAACUCUAAUCACGACACUAAAUAUUUUAAUAACUCAUUUUACCCAUGAGUAAAAGAUUACUGAUGACAGAUUCCCCAAAAUUCCUUCCUUCUGGUGAACAUCAGAAAAAAAGGUGAUGUGACGUCAGAGUUCCUUGAUACCGUCUAAUUAUUAUCUAAUGAUACCGAAUAAUUAUUUUUUGCCUUACUGAAGACUAGGCCAGUCAAACAAAUUCUGUAAGAAUAUAUAUAGGUAUCAGUAAAUGUUCUUGUUUUGUGAAUGUGGUUGUUGUUGUUACGGUUGUGGUGUAAUUGGUAGUUCUCUUGGCUGUAUUUAUAUUAGCGAUAUUCAAAGGCUCUUGUGAUGAAACGUGGGAUUUGAUAGUCAGAUUCGUUUAGGAAAAGUUACAGCUAAAAUGAACCUGUGUGUAUCAAUUCGACUUAAAUCUGCCUUGGCAAUUUUGUAUGCUGAACUAAGUUUGUGUUACGUUUACUACAUCGAUUUGUGCGUGGCUAUGUUUUUCUCUUGGCCAGUAGCAUAUGAGUUGGGAACGUAUAAAAUUCAUUCGAAAUGGCACGAAAUUGUUUUGCGGAUUUCAUUCGUCUUAUUAUUCCUCUGCCAGUACCCGAGGCUUGAGGAUAA